ACUAAAUCUAAAAAAUGCUUAAACUCUCCUGAACUCUUACGACAGGAAUAAGGUAAACUGAAGUUGAAUUAAAGGCUCAUCUAAUAUAGAGUUCAAUAGCAGCUUCUGUAUUCUUACUGGUUUUAAGUAUCUCAGAUAUCUUCCAUCUGAAUUUUGAUAGAUUAGGAAGGUUGAAAACUGAACCAGCCCCCAGAAGAAUUUCAGAAGGGAAAACCAAAUUUGGGAGAAGUAUGCCAUCCAAGACGAUAUGUUUCAUAUUCCCAAUUGCAUUGGACUUAAUCCAAACAAACCCAAAUUCCAAUGGCAUCCUUUCUAAUUUUUAUCGAUGAAUGUUAAGAUGAUCAAUCCACAAACCUUUCGCCAAAGCGGAGGUAUCUGUUAAUUGCAGCUCCUCAGACUGGGCACGACGAGCCAUUAUAGAAUUUUAUGUAGCACUCUGGGUGAAAGUCAUGAUCUCAGUGCAGCUUUAUGAAUGUUCUUUGGCUCUUCAUUACUUUCUUACAAACUUUACUACUCUUUUCUCUGCUUGUUAGAUAUUCAAGACAUGGCUCUGAUAAUUUGUUUGUACAAUACAUUCACUGAGACUCUUUUCAAAUUUCUGAAUCAUUGUUUCCAAAGUUAAAUUUUAGAGGAAUUUGGUGAGCAGACCUUAUUGCAUCCCAAUCAUCAACAUAAGGGUCUAAAAAAUAAACCUGAUGUAGCAUAUAUGCU